GCUGGUGGGAUGCUGGGAUAAAGCUGUGGCUAGCGGCGCCCCGGCGGGUCCUGCGCCGCCGGUGUCCCCGCUGGCCGGGGCUGGGCCGUUCGUGCCGCGCGGGGUAUCUACCGCGAAGGAUCGAAGCCGGCAGGGGAGGGCGGUAGAGAAAAUCAUGGAAGGAAGAACAUCAUCUUCAAGUCAUGUCAGUUUUCGUAUACCAAAGAAGAAAACAAACACCAAGUCAGAGGAUGUCCAAGUUCAGUCCCCUUUGGCAAGGCUCCCAGGCUCCCACCAUUGGGACUACCCUUUAAAAGAGUGGAAAUUAAGUGCCAACAACAGAGAGCCUUCCACAAAAGGAAAAAGGCAAAAGGACUGUGACAGACACAGCUCUAAUGAUGAAGAAUCAAUUGGGCAACCCAAAGUUAUCUUGACGAAUGUCCUGAGGACGAAAAUAGGAAGAAAAUACACACAGGCGCAACCUAAAACUGGUGCUAAUUUUUCUGAUGCUGGCAAGCUGCAGUCAGAUCAACCACCCUCGUCAUCUGCUGCCAGCCUAAAGAUAUGGCAAAUUUUAAACCCUACUCUCCAAAGCCUUUUUCUGUCUAAAAGGCAACCCAAAGUUAUCUUGACGAAUGUCCUGAGGACGAAAAUUGGAAGAAAAUACAUAGACAGCCACGUAAUAAUUGAUGCAAAUUUAUCUGAUGCUGACAAAUUACAAUCGGGUCAACUACCCUCAUCAUCUAUUGCCAGCCUACAGACAUGUCAAAUAUUAAGUUCUCCUCAUGAAAGUUCUUUUCUGUCUAAAAGGUCUGAGCAUUGCCUGAGAAAGACAGAUGAUCUGUGUAAAUUGACCAAGGCUUCCAAGGAACAAGAAAAAAAUAAUGCCUUCACUUUUAGAAGACGGGAGCUGCAGAAGAAAGAAAACAAGAACUAUGAUGAACUGGAAAAGAGGAGCAGAUACGUGAACAGUACCACUCUUAGUCAGAAGGAAUCUGGCUCUUUUGAUUCUGAGAAAAGGAAAAGAAGAUCUAGUGGCCAUAUUUCUGAUGACUGUAAUGUACACAUUCCAGAAAAAUCACUUCUACUGUCUAAGGAGCAAAGACUGAGUUCAACUCGGUCUCAGGGCCGCAGAACACCCUGUGAGGAUGCACAAGGUCACAGAUCUAAUACAGUUCUGGUGCUGGAUUGUAUUCCCCAGCCAUUAGAGAGAGACUGUACAGACACUUCCACCCACAAUCACUUAAGGCCUGCUCCCAGCUGCACAGAGGAACCUGGCUCAGAGUGUCCUCCCAGAAAUUUGUCAGAGAAACAGCUUUCUGCCACCAGUGAGGAUGUGAUUUCACCACGAGUUAGUACCAUCAGGAAAUUAAAGAUGGACACAUCACAGUACCUGAGCAAGCUGCGGAACAGAAUCUGCAGGGGUAAUCGGCAACGUGUUUCAAUUGACCCAAUUGUCCUUUCCAGUGAUGAUGAAGAUGGACCUUCUGAACCAAAAUGCACAGAGCUGCUGCAGGAUAAUACCACUGAGAAUAAAGAAACAGACCAGCAGUCUGACUUCUGUUUUUCAGCAAAGCAAUUGGAAGACAAGAUGGAAAGUCACACAGAGCAGGUAUUUUUAACAGCGUCAAUUGAAGAUAAAUGUCCUAUCAGCUUACCUUCUGGAAGCACACCUAGAAAACAGAUGAACCCAGCAUUGGAUGUUGAAUUUGAUAGUCUAUACAUUGGGAAAUUUAAAUGGCUAUCAACAGGUCCUGCUAGGUUUACAACCAAGUACAUUACGAUCCCAUUUCAAGUGGCUCUUAAUAAGAAUAUUAAGCUGACAGUGGAUACUCUGGAUCUGAGAAGGUUUGGCUUGUGGAGAAGUGAUGGUGGCUGUUCUUCAACAAUGAUCAUUUUCCUUUGGUUAUCUGUGGAUUAUGUAGAAAAGAUUGAAACCCAACUAGGAAAGUUAGUUAUCAGCAAGCCAUCCAAAUCUAGUGAAUUUGUAUUUCUUGAACUGUCCCAACCACUCACAGAAUGGGAAGAAGACAGACUGACUGAAUUGAUUACAGGUGUAAGCAAGAAGAAUAGAGCACCAGAUCUCCUUGAGUUUUUGUCUUUGAAGCAAGCAUUACCCUUGUUUAAGGACCUUUCUCCUGAAGAGAGCUCUUUUAUGAGUUACAGAAAGGAUCUACUAAAGCAAUGUAUGCCAAAAGAGAAUACCUCAGGUGCUCAUGAGCCUGCAGUUCAGGAAUCAAAACCAAAAGUGGCCAGGCCCAGUUAUACCCUCGCAAAUAAGCAGAAUAGUGGUUGUUAUUCAAUCUCUCUGUCCUCUGUACUGAAUGAAGAAUGGAAAGAAGUAAGAGAAACCGGAGCAGUUAAGAAUUUAAUUGUUUAUCCACCUCCACCUGCAAAAGGAGGACUGGGAGUCACAAGAGAAGACCUAGAGUGCUUAGAAUAUGGAGAGUUUCUCAAUGAUGUCAUAAUUGAUUUCUAUCUUAAAUACCUGUUGUUGGAGAAGGUGCCAAAACAUCUUGCCGACCGUACACACGUUUUUAGCAGUUUCUUCUAUAAGUGCCUGACCAGGACAGAAAAAAACUCUGAGGGGGAUCUCAAAGUUUCAGCGGCACAGAGAAGACACAGAAGAGUAAGAACAUGGACUCGUCAUAUAAACAUCUUCAGUAAAGAUUACAUCUUUGUGCCUGUGAAUGAGGAGUCUCAUUGGUACAUUGCAGUUAUCUGUUUUCCUUGGUUAGAAGAAGCUGUGUAUGAGGAGUGUCCCCAUCAGAAUUCAUUGCAUCACCAGCCUCAACAGUCUCCACUUCAGUCAGAGAGUGAGAACAGUAGAACUGAUUCAGUGUUGGCCUUUCCUGGUAACUGCAAGGAUGAAGAAGAAAUGGAUGCUAACAGAAGUUUAUUCUCAAAAGGUGGCAAUGAAAUUGCUGCUUCUGCUUCAGUUCUGGAUUCAGGUAUUUCUAAAAUCUCCCUAAGUAAUUCCAAAAGGCAGAUUUGUAAAAGGCCUUGUAUACUCAUCUUAGAUUCUUUGAAAGCUGGUUCUGUGCAAAAAACAGUUCAGGUUUUGAGAGAGUACCUUGAAGUGGAAUGGGAAGCUAAACGAAAAACGCAUCGAGAAUUCAAUAAAUCAACAAUGAUUGACCUGUGUCCCAGAGUGCCUAAACAAGAUAACAGCAGUGAUUGUGGAGUCUAUUUGCUGCAAUAUGUGGAAAGCUUCUUCCAGAAUCCCAUAGUUAACUUUGAACAGCCGCUGAAUCUGGAGAAGUGGUUCCCUCGUCAGCUGAUCAGAAGUAAAAGAGAAGAAAUUCGAGACCUGAUCUUGCAACUGCACUUUCAACAGCAUAGUGGCAGCAGCAGCUAAUAAAUCUAAUAAGCCAGACCUGGCAAAGAACAUUGCUGUAUAAAGUAACUGGAACGCUGCUUAGCAGCGUUUGGGCUCUUUCUGCCUUGCAAGGAAGAAAAAAAAAAAAAGAACUACAAGAAGUAUUUUGUUUGUUCAGAGUGUAUUUAUUUAAAGAAUUUUUUCGUUUGGGUUGUGUGGUCAUAGAAUGCAAUUGUGGGGGGAAAGGAGAAGGUUGUAGAUAAAAGUGUAAAUAUGUAAGUUAAAGCUAAUACAUAUGGAUUGCUAAUUGAUUUUUACUUGGAAUAUGAAAGCUGUGUUACAGGUAUGUGCCACAAGGAUGUAAAAAUAUUUGCAUCUUUUGGAGCCUGUUCUUUACAAUUCUAUAUAAACAUGGAUGAUGAUGUAGGAGUCAGGCCUGAAGACAGGAUUUUGACCCUACUGUGUCCCCUUCAAUUUUGCAGCUCAUACAGAUAGAAUGAAUACUAUGUAUUGUUUUAAUUUAAGGAUCUAAUAUUGAUUCUCUUUAGAGAUGUAUUUUUUGUUUUGUUUCUGAUUAUAUACAGAAGUAGUCUGCAUGUGUCAAAAAAUUCUGCCAAGAUUUGAGGCUGCUGAGUUUUGAGGUUUUGGGGUUUUUUUUUCAUUUUUAUUUUUUUCCCUCCCUAGCAUUUUCAUCAUAAAAAUAUACUUCCAUGAGUGGAAGACAUCUGCUUGAGAGUGACUUCUGAAAUCUUUUAAAGUUGAGAGUGGAUUUUUUUCCAAGUAUUUUUUUAUGAAUUUUUUUCUUUUCUGAUUUUAGAAGAAAUCUUGCUCUCAAAGUACAUGCCAAUACAAUACAUGUAGGCAGUGUAUUUUUAAUUCUAUUAGCCUUAUUUUGGGGAGUUAUUCCUGUGAAUCUUAUGGCAUCUCUUGCAUUAGAAAGGCAAGCAGGUUGUGCUUGAAAACAUUUGUGACAUUGAAAGCACCAGUCUCUGCAAGGGAUUAAAAAAAAAGCUGGUCUUCGUUGUUGAAUCCAGGAUCGUAAUAAACCCAAAAGUCUGAGGUGUUUUACUGAAAAAGUAAGGCCAUUUUCAUUCAAAAAGGUCAUUAUGUUAUAUAUAAUAUGUCUUUAAGAUAUGUAAUUUACAUAUAAGACUAACAGGAUUUAUACCUUGCUCAGGAGAAUUGGGUGAAGAUGCCUCAAUAUUUCGAGUGUUUGAACGCGGACUUGAUUCGGUAAACUAGCACAAGUUUAUUGUUGUCUGAAUACAUGCUUACAUAGUUUUUCCUCAAACAGUGGUCACAUAAAACUUUAAUAACAUUUUGACAUGUGCACACUUUUUUCUGUAGUUACUGCAUGAUAGAAGAUGACUGUUUUAAGAGGAUGCUUUCUCCUGUUGCCCACUGUAAGUAAACUUGAGUGUCACUGCACCCUUCAGAAGGACCAUGUGUCAGAUAACCACCAAAACCACCUGUGUCAUGAACAUACCUACAGAACUAGAGCUCUUAAAGCUGGAAUUAGGCUAAAGAGUUAAAAUAAAAAUUGAGGGCAACGCAAAGAUGUGGACAUUUUUAUGGCAUCGCAGAAUUCUCAGGGUCCCUUCCCACAAGACAACUCUGAAACCUAGCAUUUGGAAAAUCCAGUUAUUACUUCAGGUUCUGUACAGUCAUCAAAAAAAACCCCAAACCCCAGCAUUGUUUCUCAAACCAGGAAGCAUGCUUUCUGGAGAAGAGAGGCAAUUUUAAAACAAAAUAAUUUGCUGAGCACAGUUACCUUCUGUAUAGCUGUGAGCAGCCUAGUGCAAUUACUGUAUGGUUUUUGUCUUUGUUUCCACUUUAAUUCUGUAGUUGUCACUACCCCCCAACCAACAUCUGUCUCCCUCAUCCCAGAGUUUUUGUGGCUUUCACCACCCAAAUCACAUCAUCAGCAUUACUUACAGGGAUGAUCUGUGUAAGAUAGAUAAAAUGUGGAAAUGUGUGCCCUUUCUCUACACCUUUUAAAUUUAUGAAUAUUUUCAGUGUUCCCUUACGAAAAAUAGUUUGGGCUUUUUCUUAUAGUAAAGUUAGUUUUUAUCAUAAAAUAAUUCGUUCUUUUUUAGAUUGACUGGUUUAUAGAUAUUUAAAAGCAAAAGUCAUGUAUAAACUUUUCUAAAUUGGUUUUAUAACGUUAAAGGAUUGCCUUUGUAGAUUUGUUAGAUAUGUGCUGUGAGAAUGCCAAUACAUUUGAUAUUAAAAUUAUCUCCAGAAGUUGCUGAA